GGAAACUAUAGCGAGUGGUCAUCUUGGACAAAUUGUACCAAGGAGUGUGGAAACGGAACUCGAGUGCGAGGCAGAUCAUGUAACAAUCCAAGUCCAGCUCAUGGUGGUUCACCGUGUAAAGGACCGGGCCAUGACUUAAACUACUGCAACACACAUCAUUGUCCUAUUGACGGAGGCUACACUAAUUGGGGUCCCUGGAUGUUCUGUAACAAACCUUGUGGAACUGGUACCUCUGAUCGGAAGCGUUCGUGUACCAACCCAACCCCGAUGUAUGGUGGAAAGAACUGCACUGGUCCUUCCUAUGAGGCCAAUGAUUGCAACACGUUAUCUUGUUCACCUGCUAACAUUCUGUUGGAUGUGACCUUCGAAAGCGUAACGAUGACUGAAUAUAACAGUGACGUCACCUCAUUCGAAAACUCAGUGAAGGGAAUGAUAAAUUCUGUGUACGAGGCAUAUCCUCCAGACAUCACUUUUACAUCGUGCAGCGCGGGAGUGGGAAAUAAAGUGAAUUGCAAAUUGGAUCUUAAAUAUCAGUCGCUUGCCGGUGAUGAGCUGGUUGUUCUCCAAGAUAAAUUGCUGGAUUCAGCAACGGAAACAGUUCUACACAGCAUGACUUCAACAAAUGUGUUCUCGUCACCACUUGUUCAGCAAGCAACUCCGUUGAGUUCAACUAGCAUAAGAGCAGAAUGGCCAGCAUUGCCAAGCUCAGCUGAAACAGCGAGCACGUCGACUCUCACUGGGUACGUAUUGUUCUAUAAAAAAACGGCAGCGCAAGCGUACAGGAGUAUCGGUGUAGCCCCUACCGAGCUUUCGAAGACUUUGGAGGAGCUCAAGAAAUUCACCGAAUACCGAAUGGUGAUUUGCCCUUACUCUGAGAAAGGAAAUGGUAUCCCAAGUGCACCUGUCACAAAAACUACACUGGAAGAUGUUCCAAGUGUGGCACCGAAAAUAUUGAACAUUUCGUCUCCAACAUCUCAAUCGUUAAAUUUAUCCUGGACCACAGUGAGCUCGGAAUAUUGGCACGGCAUUCAACGAGGCUACUGCGUAAGAUAUAAAGCAAGAGGUGCAUCAACCAGUAACACUCAUAAUGUCACCGACGUUGAACAACUGCAGACCAUUCUUACUGGUUUGGAUCAUUUUACGAAGUAUUAUGUCUACGUGUCUGCCAAAACAACCCCCGGAUGUGGAGAAGAAGCUAGUACAAGUUUUGUCACCUUGGAACAUGUUCCGAGUGAACCCCCACAGAAUGUGAAUGCAUCAGCUAUGACGUCCACAGUUGGUGUGCUUCUCACAUGGGACGAAGUGAGACCUGACGCAAGACAUGGGAUCAUAAAAGGAUACAAGGUGUCAUACGGGAUUGCUGGUGAAGCGGUAAAGUGGAUAAAUGUGGAAGACGCUGAUAGUAGAAAAGUGAAUAUCACCGGCCUGAAAUUCCUUACUGAAUAUCAAGUCAAAGUUCUGGCCUAUACGAGUGUUGGGAAUGGCCCGGAAUGCACAGCGAUAUCCAUUACUACGGAAGAGUCAACUCCUUCCAAAGCACCCGCUCUGGUCGAAGGUAGAAACACCAGCUCCUCAAGUAUUUAUCUCAAAUGGAAGGCCAUAGAUCCCCAGUACCAUCAAGGCACUCUUCUUGGAUAUCGUGUUUAUCAUCGUGCUGCAGAUACGACUAGAAAACAACAAAUGAUUGAGUUCCCAAUAUCUGAUCCAAAUCAUCUGGAGUGUCACUUGACUGGACUGUUCUGGUGGUGGUGGUAUGAUAUAUACAUUGCUGGUUAUACAAAGAUUGGCACUGGAGUGACCUUGAACGUCGUCGUUCAGACAGACGAAGAAGUUCCAAGCCGUUACCCUGAGAAUAUUCGUGGCGUUGCCUUGACAACGACCAGCAUGUCGUAUGAAUGGGAUCCAGUCCUACCGAAUUUUGCGCACGGCAUUCUCAUUGGUUACAAACUGACCGUCAUCGAGACUAAAAAUCCUGGUAAUGUGAUCGUGUCCAAGAUUAUUCCACAUCCUGAAAGAUCUUACUACGUCGAAGGUCUGAAGAAAUUUACCAACUACACCAUUUGGGUUAGCGCUUUGAACAAAAAGGGUGAAGGCCCACGAUAUCCCCCAGGACACAUAAACUCCACUGGGGAAGACGGUCCGGAAUAUCCCCCGGAAGACAUCAAAAUGUCAACGCUUAAACACAUCACAGAGAUAGAGCUGGAAUGGACGAGAAUCCCAGCUAAAUAUCAUAACGGUAUCUUACGUGGUUACUACGUCGAAUACACCGCAACAGUUUUGGCUGGAGAGGUCAUACCUUCCGAUAAACGAGUUGUUCAGUCGAAGAGAGUGAGAGGAAAUCGUUACUCAACGGUGCUCAAAGACCUUGACCCUGGUUCUACCUACGAGAUCAGUAUCUUUGGCUAUACCACUAAGAAUGGCUCGAAAAGCAACGCCUCAGCUGCUGAAACAUGUCGUUGUCCAAAGUACCUUCGCUCCAAUUGGUGGGUUUUACCUCCUUACACAAACAUGAGUAAUCCCGAUUCGCCCGGCGGUAUUUUCUUUAUGGUAGCCAAACAAGUUCUGGACGACAUGUGUGGUGUUUGCGAAAACGGUCAUGGUAAAACCGAGUUUUGCUACGAAGAGGGUUGCGACAAAAAACGUCGGAGAAGACGUUCAUCAGGAAACAGUUACCAGAAAAACAGUUUACAAUCCGUUUCAACAGAUAUUGGUGGAAAUGCCGAAGUCAGUUUUCCCGUCCAGGGUAAUAGAUUUAUGACGACCUAUGGUGGAGUGUUUCCGUACAUUUCUGUUGUGGAUGCACCCGGUGCGGCGUACUUCACCGUCAAAAAUGUCCCCUCAACUGCCACAGUGGUUGUCCAGGCGGCCGUGGCGUGUAUGCCGUUGGUUAUGUUGAUGAUUUUCUUCGCGUGGAUCGCUGGGAUUAUCAUUUGGAUCUUGGAACGUAAACAAAACAACGAACAUUUCCCAGAAUCGUUUACGAAAGGUGUUCCAGAAGGAUUUUGGUGGGCUUUUAUCUCCAUGACAACCGUUGGAUACGGUGAUCGCAGUCCAGUUACUGUGCCUGGUCGUCUGUUUGCUUUGGCUUGGAUUCUAAUGGGUCUCGUGAUUAUCUCGAUCGUCACGGGGGGGAUUGUCACCUCGAUUACGUCAGUGCUGGUUGUUCAAGAAGACAAAAUCUAUGGCGCACAGGUCGGGGCUAUUGUUAAUUCUGCUGAAUACUCAAAGGCAGUUAGACAGAAUGCAGAUGUUGUUCCUUACAACAAUAUGGAGGAUUUGAUCAACGCAAUGCACAACAAGAAGGUGUCAGGAGCUUUACUUGACAUGUACGCUGCGGCAACUAAGAAAAGUAUGUUCGAAGGAGGAGAUAUCCAGUUGAAUCGCCUGAUAGAAUAUCCAACUGGUUACGGUUUUGUCCUGUCUGGAAACAUGGCCAAAGCCGCGCCAUUAUUCCGCCAAGCUCUGGCUGCGCAAAAGACCAAGAUCUCGUUGAUUGUCGAAGAAAAUACAGAUUCCAUAUCUCUUGAUAGAAACGAGGCUGAUGAAGCCAAAGAGAAAUCGUCUGGUUUAUUCGAUCCCUCCGCAGAAGCGUUUCAAGAGUCAUUCAAAGUGACCAUCAGUUUGUUGGCUGUGGCAAUUAUCCUCGGCCUGAUUUGGCAUUUUGGAAGGUACAAGAAAAAGGAGAAAGAAAAGCAAAGUAAAAAAGAGAAACUGGAAGAGAGUAUUCCUUCUUUCCGAGUCGCAGAAUACCUCAGAACGGAGGGUCGCGAGUCACUGGAGGAUUUCGCCAAAUCCUUAGAACAGCAGAUUUCGGCUCUGAGAGAUAAACAAAUUCGUGAGCGUAAGAGCACGUGGCUUUACAAAGCCGAGAGAGCCAGACUCCAUCGAACUGGAUCGCCAAUAUCUUUCGACCUUCGGAGAUCGAGGACACGGGUCAAUCCGAAAGUGAAUACGGCUUUCGACAAAGAUGAGUCGGGCGCAUCGCCCCGUCAGUCUUCUAUUUCAUCCUUUAAUGAUUUCCGAAAGAAGAAAUCUGGUCAGGUCGUUCCUUUUGUGGAGGAACGUUCUCCAUCACAAAGUCAUCUAAGUCUUACCUCUUUAAAAGAGGAAGAUGAUGUCCAGUCUAGUCAGGUAUUUCCAAUGCAAGACCGUUCCUCGUCGAGGAGUCAUCAUAGUCAGACCUCGUUAAUACAGGAAGACGAUGCUAUGUAGUCGUAGAACUUGUAUCUGCUUGUUUACUACUGUGGUUGCACUGAUGUUUAAGAUCGCCACUGAAUAGCUAAGGUGCACUUCGAAAUCCAGUGAACUGAUUCUGCCGUGUGGGUGGUUUUUUAAAACUAUUGACUAUGAUGACCUCGGAGGUGGAGUUAGCCAACUUAGCCCUAUAAAAUGUUUUCCAAAUUACCGAGUAUCAAUCAAAAGUUGUCAGAAAUGCUUUUAUUUCUUUCAAAAUUUUAAAAAGCCGAGAUGAAAACUUGCAUUACUUCGAAAUCCAAGAUGGCGGACAACUCGUUGUCAAAAUUUUUAGAUUUUUUCAACGUUCUUUAUUAAUAAAAUGCGACAGUACUUUCUAGUUGCAAUUGUCUUUUAUUAAUAUUUAAAUUACCACAUAACAUUAUUAAUUGUAAAUAAGAUGUAGGUGACGAAUCGAUUUUAAUACUCAGUUAAAUGAGUU